GUGUUUUCCUGGUUUUCCGGCCGACCGAUCGAGAUAUGAAUAAUUUUAUCAUGGAGGACAACUUUGCGUAGCGCAGACGGAAUCUAAUCGGAAUGAAGCGCUUGCGGCGUCGAUUUCUGUCGCAAACCGUUUUGACUUUCUUCUUGUUGAUAAUGCUUUGCUCUUUAUUAGUUCUUCUCAAAACUGAGCGCGAGAUUAACAGCGAUCAUCAGCUGCGCGCUUCGGAAGUAAAUAAUUAUUUUAUCGACUUCCCUUCGCCGGCUUCGCACAGUUCAAUAGACUCAAAAGAUGCAGCUGUCUUAAAGAAUCUACAACUGGUAACUAACUAUCAGGAUAAAGGAAAAGGUCUGAAGUCUUUAACCUACUUGAAACAAUCGAAAGACAACCACAACGCGCAAAGAUACAACAACACGACGACAGACAGGAAAUCAUUUCUCGACUGCAGCGACGUAAAAUCCAUUCAAGUCGUGGAGAAUAUUGGUCGAGGUUAUACCAAAACUGUUCAAAAGGGAAUUCUCAGAGGCGUCGAAGUCGCACUAAAAAGCGUCCACAUUGAAAAUGCGGAUAUUAAAAGCUGUGUUUCAAAUCCAUCAGCGCCUAGAUCAAUUGAAGAGUGUUUCAUUUUCGCCAAAUAUAAGCUUGCUAAGGAAAUUAUUAUGCUGCAACAGCUGCGGCAUGCAAAUAUUGUUAAGGUAAGUUAGAACGAUCAGUAUGAAUAUUUAAUUGGUUUAGUGAACAGCUAAUCAUAACUUUUUAUUUCCCAUGUCAGGAAAUAGCCAUUAUUUUUGGAUUCCUCUCUCUAUUCUAUCCUUUUUCUACUGCAAAAUAUUAUUUAUCAGAGAGAUACAGAUUUUAAAUGUCUACAGUUCUUAUUUCUGCUAUGUCAAAUUGAAAACCAAACCUUGUUUUUAUUUGGAAAUGUUCAUUAUAUACAGUUGUUUUAAGGAAAGGUUGGAAUUGUAUGAGAUGUAAAUCUUAUAAUUUACCUGAAGUACCAAGUCGAUUGAAAACUUGAUUUGGAAAUCACGUGAAUACGAGAUGACUCAUAUUAAAAGCUCAAUUGAUCUCUUGAUUUUUUUUCUCACCUUUAUAUCCUCUUAAACGGCUUAGGAAUGUGCUACAUAUAUAAGAUAACAGCUUUAAAAUAUACCACUUAAAAUUCCUCGAGCUAUACUUAGGUAAGGCGAACAGAUGAUGACUCCUCAGUGGCCCAGAGUCGAUGAAGAUAAACUUCUCAAAGUUUGUUUGAGUGAAUAAAGAACAUGAAGGUAUUAGGUUUGCUAAUAUUUCCAAGGUGGCUGCAAAAACAGGCAGCUGUCUUGUGUCAAAAUCAAAAUCGGGUCGUGAAAAGUCAAGAGAUUAUUUCCUUCCGAAGUGUCACAUCGGAGCAGCUGAGAUCUAUCUGGUGAAAGUUGAUUAUGAUUUAAAGAUAAAACCAAACAAGGAGAUACAGACGCUUUUGAAUUAACACGCAGAGUUUAGCUCCUAUUUUAGGCCACAAGGUAAACAGGAAAAUUCUAAGCGCAAAAAGGACAUAACAGACAACUUAACAUUCCUACAAAAAAUAACGAAAAAUGACGUCUCCCAGUUCGGUGAAAAGGCAACAUCCGACCUGGGUUUUCUGCUCACGGAAUAGAGCAAAAUAAAAGUAUAAGAAAAGAGCUUCAAACGCACAGUUAGGGGGGGAUCUCGUUUCGGUUGAUCGGAUGACAAAUAAAACAUCAGGAUGUAAGGAACAUAUCAGGCUUAAUUCAAUAUCUUCUUUAGUAGCCAUAAGCACGUAAAAAAAAAACAAUAACGCUGACUGAGCAGGAAUGUAAUCUUCGUCCUAGUAUUGAGGUUUGUUCUACAGUAUUUUUUUUUCUCUAGCUUUUAGGUUUCUGUUGGCAAAAUGAGUUAAACACAGCCGAUCUCAAAAGUCGUGGCCUCACUAUGGUAACAGAGAUCGGUACAGAACUGAACGUCCUCACACUGGUGCAGUUACCAUGGCAGGAACGAUUUAGGGUAGGGAAAGAUUUUUUUAUUGGUUACAAAAGUUGAUACUUCAUAGCUAUGAUGCAAUAAAUGGAAAAAAGAGCAUAGAAAGAAAAUCUGAGCCGUUUCGCGAUUUAUCUGUCACGAUAUCUGAGGAAGUAUUCUUCGUGCAACAUGCAAAAUUAUCUUCAGCUUGAAGCGGACUACAUCCUAUUAAUUCGAUUAAAAUCAAAACGGCCAAUCAGAACAAAGAUACCCAUCAUCACCAGCCAAUCAGAACUUCAAGUAAAAACGGAGCAGGCUAAUUUCUUGAGGCGCGGAAAACUGCAAGUCGCAAUCGGCUUUGAACUGCAAAUUUUUUCCAUGUAUUUUGCUCCGACGGAUCUGAACUGUGAUCACUACUGUACAUACUGGAAAGAUAAAUUAGCUCUGCGCGCUAUCCCGUACGAACUUCUUACAUUGGUUGAUCAGUAACGUAGGUUCCCUCUGUGCUAUCAAAUAUUUUGCUGAGUACCAAUAACAAUGCUUAUUAUGGCAUAUCCUUCUUCUUUCAUCAGAUUUGUCUUGGCCUCGCCAGGUUACUGCACUACUUGGCCCAUUCUCCUCUCGGACCGCUCUUCAUCCGGGACUUCAAGCUAUCGCAGUUUAUCUUGGUCAGCGGUGAGGUUAAACUGACGGAUUUUGACGAUGUCGACAACGAAGAACCCAGAUGCUUAGCGGACAGGGAUUGUGUCGUCAGAGGGGUUGCAAAAAAUAAGACUUUAAAGUGUGUCAGUGGAAGAUGUCAAGGGGUGGUUGCUGCUACAAAUUUAGAUAAUGCCUGCCGGAAUGUUAUUAGUCACGUUCUUGUACCGGGAGCUCCGAAAAAAUUACGAGGCCAUUUGAAGGAAGUCAAACAGAAUCUUCAGAGACUAAUCUGGAACACUGACACGUUUGUUUGGCAUCUGGAAAGAGUUCUCAACCUUCUACACGCUGGGAAACACCGAGGUAAAAAUUAUUCACGAGGAAUAAAACAACGCGGUGGUAAUCUCCCUACAAGCUACCGCGGAGUUUUCUGUUGUGGAUAUGGCUGUGCUCCAUUAUCUGUUGCGUGUAUCAAACCGGCAAAAACUUGUGAAAAUCAGAAUCUUGUGGAGAGGGUCUCGUCUUUCUCUAGCGCUCAAACUAAUUGAGAAGGAAACCUUAGGGUAUACCUUGUGAUCUUCGAUUUUGAGAAAUACCUCUCGAACCUCGUUUACAUUUACUUUUCAUAUUGAUUUACAAUCUUUUUGUUUAGAACCGUACACAAGGCCGUUAAACUUGUACAAGAAGAUCGUAAAAGCCGACUUUCCCACCUUGCAUGACUAUCACUGUUCAAACACACGUUUGUCUGGUGCCUGUGAACUGGCAGUAUAUGACAUCGCUGAGGCCAAGUACGAGUGUGACAUGGAUGAGGAGUGUAUGGCUUUCGUUUCGACGGAAACGAAAUUGUGGACGGGUAAGAUCCCCCGAAGCAGUUGAGCAUCUUUAGAUUCAGAGUCAAAAACACAAUUCGACAGGCAUUGCUGAGGAAAUGGUUUUGCUUCACAACGCUAUUCAUUUAGCUGACCGCGCAUGCUACAAGCCUAACCAAUCAGAUGCAAGCCCUAAGGCCAAUCAAACAGCGUAGCCCCGCGUUUCACCGCGGUUCAGACAGUUUGCUUUUUUUCCACUUUAAGCCCCUUGAAAUAUUUUCUGAUUGUUAAUUGGGAUUUCGUUGGUUCUACGACACCCAAUCGAAAUGUAGGUAAUGUAAUCGUUAAUUUCUAGUAUUAAUGAAAAUUCCUCUUUUUUACGCAUUUUGUCUCAAGGUUUCUUCAUCGUACACUUAAAAAGCAACACCACACACGUCCAACCAAACGAAGACACUACAGUCUACAUUAAACAGCCCACGUGAACGCGAUGACCGUGUUAUUGGAAGCAAAGUACUCCAUUGAGCCACGGACACGGAGUUCAUCAUGGCUACACCUUCAGAAGCCUGCGUGAAUUACACGGAAACAGACAGACAUAGAAAGAAUGGCUUGAAAGCACGGUUUACUUUCAAACCUCCACAAUUGGAGGUAGUAACGUAUGCAACAGCUUGACCAUAGUGAUAUACAAAGUGACUUAAACGCAUGACUUUCGAAGCAAAGCAGAUCCAACGAAGACAUUGCAAAUUUUUGGCUCAUAACAGGCAUACAGGCCGAAUGUUUGAUGUCAAUGGAGUAAAAGGAAAAUUGGAGACCGCUAACCGUGUCAUGAAGCAGAACUCUAGCUUUGAUUUGCAUCAAGCGAACUACGGCUGUCAACUUUGCCAGCUCUAGAUCUGACACUGCAAGAUCGAAUGCUACCUUAAGUGUUUAAGUCAGCUUCUCUUGAAUAGAAAGCCUCAGUUUGUCGGAGCAUAUUUUGACGAGACGCAGUUUUCAACUCGUGUAACUCUUCUAAACACCAGCAACCAAAUCACGAGCAAAUUUUGCAACACUCCAACUAAAACCCCUUUCUAGAGGGAAACUGUUUUUUUUUCUUUAAACACCUUUACUUGGCCAAUCGUGUUUCGUUUUACGCUUCCUUCAAGAUGGCGCGCAUUUUGUUCUGUCUUGAUUAACUUUUAGCUCCCAAGAAUAUUUCGCCCUUUUUCGCGAACAAAUCUUCACCGCAUAAACCAUCGCAUAUUUGAAAAUACUUUACCAAUUUUCCUCGCUGAAGGUUCCCUGUUGGAGGAGAGAAAUGGACGUCAAGUUGAUUACUUCAAAAUUUUCUCCAUUGACUGCAAUGAGCGCGAAAGUCUGAGCUUGCUGAAAAACUGAAUUCAAAGAUCUUUCUGUUGCUGACUCAACGAGAACAGGGUGAAACAAAAGUACACGAGCAAAACAAUUUCUAAGGUGUUUGCUGGGGAAUAAACAUAACAGACCACUUUCCAUUGUGCAGCCU